AAAAAACGAAAAAAAUAAAAAAAUAUAAUUCAAUAAAAAUCGAUUACAGAUCUUAAUAGAAAAAAUAGAAAAUCACAAAAUAGAAUUAAUACAAAAAAGUAAAGCAACAACAAAAGGAAAAAGUCCAGUGAAUUUGUUAAGAUAUUGUUAAAAAUAAAAACCAAUUUAAAUGUGAAUAUAAACAGCAAAAAAAAAAAAACACAAUAUUCAACAAAACUUCAUCAAUUGAAAGUCAAAGAGAGAGAUAAAGGGUAGAACGACAUAGAUGUCAACAGACACAACAGGAUACAGCACUUUACAUCUACAGACAUAGAGAAAAACGCCAAGUAAAAAAACUCCUCGAAGAAGUUCACUAAAGAAGUAAAAACAAAUCAAUUUAAUAAACUUACAACAACAUUUCGAAAAAGCAAAAUGAGCAGCAGUACAACAACUGCUGAACAACUAGUUGCAACAACUAUGUCCAAUAUUAAAGGAACAAUGUUAAACUUAAUUACCACCACCACACCACAAGCAACAAAAAUCGAUUCGACUACAACAUCAACAACUACUACCAGUACUUUAAGUCCAACAUCAUCAGCAAUGCCAUCCGUUUCCUCUACUGCUUCUCAUCAUGAAGAUGGUGAGAAAAUCCUUAAUGUUUCUGACUUAAGUACAUCCAUGCAACAUUUCGGUGUGAUGGACUAUUGUGUUUUUGUUUUGAUGUUAAUCGUUUGUGCCGGUAUUGGUUUCUAUUUUGGUUUUAUCGAAAAGAAGAAAAAGAAACAACCAAAUAUAGAAAAACGUCGUGGCUCAGAGGCAUUAGAUUACUUGGUGGGUGGUCGUAAGAUGAAAGUGUUUCCAGUAUCUUUAUCCUUGGUCGCCAGUUUCGUUUCGGGCAUCUCCCUGUUGGGAACAUCCACCGAGAUUUAUGUUUAUGGUACACAAUAUGCUUUCAUCUUAGUGACAUUGGCUUUGUCUGGCGUUAUUUCGUGGUACAUCUUCUUGCCCGUUUUCUGUAAUUUACAAUUGACAUCGACAUAUGAGUACUUUGAGAAACGAUUUAGUCGUCGCAUGCGUCUUUUCGGUGCUGCUCUCUUCAAUCUCAAAACUGUUUUGUGGCUGCCAAUUGCUGUCUAUGUUCCGGCCUUAACUUUUAGUCAAGUUAGUGGUAUUGAUAUACACACCAUUGCUCCCAUGGUCAUUGUGAUCUGUACAUUCUAUACAUGUGUGGGCGGUAUUAAAGGCGUUGUCUGGACUGAUGUUAUACAAAGUAUUAUAAUGUUUGCCUCCAUGAUUGUACUCAUGAUCAAGGGUACUAUAGAUUUGGGUGGUCUACAGGUAUUAUGGCAACGUAACUUAGAUGGAGGACGUCUUAAUUUUCCGGACAUCACUUUGGAUCCUACUGUGCGAAUGAGUGUUUUGUCGGUUUUUGUGGGUGGUACCUUUUUUAAACUUCAAAAUACCUCCAUCAAUCAGCCCACUAUACAAAGAUUUAUGUCACUGCCAAAUAUACACAAGAUAAAGCAGACUUUAUAUACAUUUUCCAUAGGUCUGACUCUACUCUAUAUGGUGUGUAUUUAUGUGGGUCUAUUGGCAUAUGCCACCUAUUACGAUUGUGAUCCUAUGGCAACGGGGUUGGCCCCUGCCCGAGAUCAAUUAGUACCUUUGUUGGUCAUGGAUGUUUUGGGUAAAUUUCCCGGUAUGCCUGGUCUAUUUGUGGCUGGUGUUUUUAGUGCUGCCCUAAGUUCUUUGUCAACCUAUUUAAACUCUUUGGCAGCUGUUACUCUAGAAGAUUUGGUUAAACCUUAUUGGAAAAGGGAUUUAAGUGAACGUGCCACGGCUAUAAUAUUACGAUCAGUGGUCAUAGUUUUUGGCUUAAGUUCCAUUUGUCUGGUGUAUGUGGUGGAGAAAUUGGGCAUGGUUUUACAAUUAUCCGCCACUUUGCAAUCUAUAGUCUAUGGACCCAUGUUGGGUAUAUUCACUGUUGGCAUGUUAAUGCCCUGGAUAAAUGAAAAGAGCGUUUUAACUGGCAGUAUAGUGGCCUUUCUAAGUAUGGCUUGGAUUUGCAUAAAUGCUCAAAUAGCGAAUGUAACUGGUACUUUUCGUCAUCCCAAAUUGCCCAUAUCUAUUGAGGGAUGUGAUUAUGAGUUUGAUAUGACCAAAUAUUUGAACUCUACAUCGGAAUAUCUUCCCAGUCAGGGCACAGCUAUUUAUCAUGUCUCCUUUCUAUUGUAUACUGGUUUGGGUGCUUGUAUUGUCUUAGUGGCUUCCAAUGUAGCAGCUUUGUAUUUUGGUUUUAUGGAUGUUCACAAAGUGGAUGAGAAAGUAUUGGCACCAUGGGUGGCUAGAUUUUUAAAGAAAUAUAAAUAUUCAGAAGUGGAACUCAAGGAAUUUGAAGCCGAUAAUACUAAAUAAGACGAAGAUGUAUAAUAAACAAAAGUAUUCAACUUAAAAUUAUAAAUAAAAUUUAUACAAAAUUUUAACCAGUGCAUAAAAAUAAUAAAGCUAUUUCAGUUACAACCA